UCUAUGGCAUGGCUGAUAUAAAAGAAUAUACACGUUUGCUGGUUGUGAGUUGCUGGAGAAGCAGACACAGCACAAGCGAUUGGAAGCAGCAGAGAAGACAUCACAGCCAACUGUUCCCAGAUCACAGAAGAACUUGCGACAUGCAGAGGAAGGUGAAAGGCCCACACGCCCGCAAGAAGAAGCCACAAAGCACCGUCCACCCAGGCUUCUUGGUCACUGCGCUCGUCUUGAUCGGCGUGGCGAUGGCAUGGGCGUGGCCUAACCUGUCUUGGCCGUGGGACUCCGUCGCUGCGGCACAAAGCACCGAGGCCACUGAUGAACUGACAAUGAAACUGGAAUUGAAGAACCUGGUGACACGUGUGGAUGAGCUUGAUGAAAGAACAGCAGUUAUUGACUACGUUGAGAAUGUGACCCGUAUGGUUGAAACACAAGCGGCAACCAUGCAGAAUCUGUCCACACUUACGGAGAAGAUUGACAGAGUAGCCAAAAUCGCGCAAGUUGAGGAUCUGACCACACUUGUGAGCAAGAUGGAUGCAGAGGAAACAAAAAUGAAGGAUCUGACGGAACGCGUGAACGCUCAACUGCAGGAUCUGACGGCACGUCUGAGCACUCUUGAAGAGAAAAAGGACCAAGUGACAGAUCUGACGGAACGCGUGAACGCUCAACUGCAGGAUCCGAUGGCACGUCUGAGCACUCUUGAAGAGAAAAAGGACCAAGUGACAGAUCUGACGUCACGUGUGAAGACUCUUGAAGGAAAUAAUGUGCAACUUGAGGAUCUGACCACACUUGGGACCAAGGUGGAUGCAGAGGAAACAAAACUGAAGGGUCUGACCACCCGUGUGACGACUCUGGAAAAAGCCCGUCAGGUGGCGUUCACAGCAAUGAUAAACGAUGAAGAGAAUAAAUUCAACAAGUUUGGGGAGACGGUGGUCUUCUCUAAUGUGAAGACCAACGUGGGUAACAACUAUAACAAGGCCACAGGCAUAUUCACAGCCCCCAUCAAGGGCCUCUACUUCUUCACCCUCACCUACCACACGCAUGGGGGAUCCAUUGACCUAUGUGUGUAUAAGAAUAAGGAGUGGAUGAGCCGUAUGCGUAACACUGAUAACAAAUAUCACGGAAGUGAGACCAACAGCUUGGUGAUGCAACUGGAGAAGGAAGACACCGUGUAUGUCGCUGUCUAUGCUGAACAUACCCUUCAUGACUACCAGUGUUGCCACCAUCAAAGCAUUUUCAGCGGCUACCUCAUUCAUCCCAUUGUAAACUAGAUGGAGGUGUGCACAUCCAUCCAUAUUAUCGAUACCAGGGCAGGGCAGUAUCAGUAUGGGGUGGAUGCUAGCAUGAUGAGAUGGCUAGAUGAGUUUUCUUAAUGUGUGUAAUCUACGUGUUUGGUAUCAUAGAUAUCGGCUGGUCUGAUCCAGUUGUGUCUACUGAUACUUGAAGCGCACACGUUAGGAUUGCUUUUUCAACAGCUGGCAUAGGCCGAUGACACUUACCGCAUACGCUAACGUUUAUUAUUUGCGUGUACUUCUACCUACCUAACCCCUAGAAAGGGACUGUUUGCAAGCGUCGCUAGAGGGCGCUAACUAUGAAAGUAACUAGACUGUAUUUUACUGGUGACAUGCUAGCUGUGGGAGUUUCAAACAGUCCCUUUAAAUGUUGGAUGUAUUUCUACAUCAAAGUGGAAAUUUGGUUUGCAUUGUCAAUUCAUUCCAGAAGGUCCCAACAGUCAACGUUUUUGCUGAUGACAUAGACGGCCGACGUAGCUGACAUCCCCGGUUGCCAUUCUGUUAGCAAGCUCGCGAUGCUAACGGGGAUGUUUUGUGAUCAAGUGUGCCAUAUUGCACGCAAGCCAAGGCUAAAUUUCGGAUGUAACACGCUAACUGACGUUCUGCUUUUUGUCUUUGAUGAGAAUGUUUAUAUGCUACAGGAUGUUUGGAUUUCCUUCAAUAAAGUUUAGCAAGUUAGGAAAGAGUGGUGAGUCAAUG